AUGAACCCGCUGGUGUUCGACCACCCCGGUGGUACGGCUGGGCUGUACCUUAACGACUCAUACUACUCGGAUAACUCACCAGUUCCCGCCUGCACCCAAGUGACCACCAACACAUACUGCGUGCACUGUGCAUCCAACAGCGACCGCCUGACGUGCGUGGCGCCAGGGGGCACAGUCUGCGCGGCGGCAUGGCAGGGCAGGAGCGUCACGCUGCAGCUGUGCGACACGCUGUCGCCCGGCAGCGGCGCAGCAGACGCCUCCUGCUACAACUCAGUCUCCGACCUCUCUGAGAUUGGCGGCACCGACAGGACGCUCGCCUACCUGGCCACACGCGACCGCGUCCCCACCGAUCGGGACCCUGUCUGUCCUUAG